CAAAAACCUCCCCCUGGUUCCAGCUCCUUCUGGAGGAUUUUGUUGCUGCAGCUGAACGGGCCCCAAAGCCCCAAAUUUCUCAUUUUCGAGCCCAUUUUGGUGCCUCUCCCACCCUCUCCCGGGGACACCUGACCCAUCAAAGCCUCAAGGAGCUGGGAUGAUCCCCACCAGUGUCCUCCUGCUCCUGGCCUUGGGAGCCGCCACCAGCGACGAAGCAGAGCGGGAGAAAGGGUCUCUGCUCUACCCCUAUGGUCUGGACCAGGGUGACCAGAAGAACCCCAAGCUUGAUGAUGGGACAUCACCCAAGCUCACCUUGACUGUGCCCUUCACCUUCUAUGGCAAAGAGCACCAGAGCCUCUAUGUGAACAACAACGGUGUCAUCUCCUUUGAUGCCAAGGUCAGCCAGUACACCCCCGACCCCUUCCCAUUGGCUGAUGGACGCCCCUUUGUCACCCCCUACUGGGCAGACGUGGACAACGUGAGGGGGGGGGAUGUCUUCUACCGCGAGACCACCGACACACCGCUGCUGGCCCGUGUCACCCAGGACAUCAACCAGUACUUCCCCACCACCCCCUUCACUGCCACCUGGGCUUUUGUGGCCACCUGGGACCACGUGGCCUAUUAUGGCUCCGUCUCUGAGAAGGGCAACACCUUCCAAGCCAUCCUGACCACCGACACCAAGACAUCCUUCAUCAUCCUCAACUACUGGGACAUCCAGUGGACCACAGGGGAGGCCAGUGGUGGGGAUGCUGAAACAGGGCUUGGAGGAACCCCAGCCCAUGCCGGCUUCAACAGUGGAGAUGAAACCAACUUCUACAACAUCCCCGGCUCCCAGAGUGACGCCAUCCUCAACAUCACCCAGACCUCCAACGUCCACCUCCCGGGGCGCUGGGUCUUCCAGGUGGACAACUUCAAGGUGACUGGAGUCCCCACCCAACCCCCCAAGGUGGUGGACAUCAACAACUGCUGGUUGUGAGAUGGAUCCAGACGUGGGGGCAGAGGGAUCAUCCCUGUUGUCCCCGUCACACGUGGAGGACAAGGUCACGUGAGGGGGGCAACAAACCAGAACAAUAAACCCACAGCUGAGA